AUGUCGGUGAGCAUAGAAUACGAACCAUUCAUAAACCGUCAGGGAGACCUGGGUGUGGGAGUUGACCUGGAUAAUUACGGGCUGUCGGCAAUACCGAAAGAGAUCUACGGCCAGCGCAAUCUAAUCGGGCUUAAUUUGGGACGCAAUAGAAUAACAGAGUUUCCACGGGAGGUCGUGAACUUGAAAAAAUUGGAGAACCUGAUACUUAGCGACAAUGAAAUGGAAUCCCUUCCCGAUGUCCUUUGCGAGCUCGAUGAGCUCAGAGUUCUGGAUUUGCGAAGGAAUAAACUCACCGACCUCCCCAAAGAGAUAUCGGACUUGCAGAACUUGCGGGAACUCUGGCUGGACAGCAAUGCGUUUUCCACUUUCCCGGACGCCCUGUGUACUUCCGAGAUCGAAGAGCUGUAUCUGCGAAAUAACGGUUUGCAGGAGUUGCCCGAAAAUCUGAGUAAACUGCGAUGUCUAAAGGUGCUGGUUGUCAGUGGUAACCAGUUGAGCGGCCUGCCUGAAUGUAUUGGGAAUAUGGUGCAGUUAGAGGAGAUUUGGGCACAGAAAAACAACAUCAGCAAGCUACCGAAAACGAUCACCAAGCUUCCCAAGUUGAAGAAAAUCAUCUUAGACGGCAACCCUGUCACUUACCCACCCAUGGGCGUCUGCAGACAAGGAGUGAAGGCGAUCAAACAGUAUUUAACUGAAAAUUGA